AUCAUUCGUCCGUGUCUGGAUGUACACAGGUAUUGUGAAUUGAAAUAAUCUGACCCUCUCCAGUAGAUCCUACACUGCCCAGUGUCCAGACGGUACACGGUGAUGGUCAAGCUGAUCAUAGAGACAUCACAGCGAUGACUGGCAAUGUUAUCACACUUGGUGUGUGGAUAAUAGUCGUGUACACAUAUAUGACCGAAACAACAGUAUCUUCCCAGAAUGCAUCGGUUACGACAUCAGCUCCACAAUCCUCUCAAUCUUUGUGCCCGACAUUUCCCGUGGAACAGGAAAACAAAAAGCUUACCUUCGCUAUGAUACCAAACAAGUGUGAACUGAAGGUUCGCGUUCGAGUGGUUAUGAGGAAUACAAAAUACAUGAGGUCUCUGAGCUUCCUAAAGGGACGCGGGGUUAAACCUAACGUACGCCGAAAUCUUCAUCUUACGGAGGUUGAAAUGGUACCGACAGAGACAACCACCCCUGUCGGUGGUAGUGACAACAUGACGACGACGGAAGCUCCCGCCGCGUGCCCUGACUACAGAAUAAGGAACAUCGGACUGUUGACUGUGAUUGACACUGUGAAAAACGUCUGUCAGCUAGUGGUCGGUGUGCAGAGAAUUAGGAUUGAUACCCCGAGUACGAGGGGACGUGAUCGGUUUGAUUUCGUUCCAGUGUUUCAUUACUUAGAAGAAGAUAUUUUCUGAUAAACAUGACUUCCAAUUAACAACACAGAACCAAGUCAUCUUUGAUCGAAUGUUGAGGGUUCACUGUUUCUAUAUAAAACAACAACUAAAGGGAGACCACUACCACUACCACACAUGUAUACUACUUUGUAGGACGGAUACGACAGCGUGGCGUCCUGGAGUUUUGAGGGAACGGUGUGGGUUUGUCUUUGUCCUUCAUUGUAUUUGCUAAAAUAUCCAUACGACACUAGACUGUAUGUAACUAUACGCUUGAGACGUUGGAAUCGGGGGCCUACGUCCGACCUCGGAAACAGUCACGCGAGCCUUACCCUGACAUUUGUGGAAACUUUGAUACAAAGUGUUAUUUUUAUAUGUCAUCGGCUCCAAAGGUACCCAGAGGUACUAAACGAAAAGAACACACCAGAAACAGUGAAACACGCCUGACUUUUGUAUCAACUUGAGCCAAGUUUCAAAACCUCAAACUUCGUAGGGACCGGAACUUUAGCUAUUGCGAAAAUGAAAACUUAAAUAACAAAAUAUAUGAGCAUAUGCACUCUAUGAAUAUCAACAGCUACAGCACUGACCACGUGGAAGGUUCCAUACAGCUAACAGUCAACAGUUGGAUGCGUCAUUCCAGGAUAUAAAAUCCCCGUUCGAAAACCAGCAGCUGUCGACUGAUCGUCUGUAAAUCAGGUUACAGUCCGUAAACUCGGUCGAUGCUCGGAAUGAAUGGGACUGUCUAAAAAUAGCUUUAAAAUGAUAAUGAUGAAGGAUUGCAACACGCAUCAUGAAUCAUUCACAUAAGUGGACGUGGGUAUUGUUGAUUCAUUGAAAUUAACACAUUCAGGGAAGUUUUAUCCGCAAAACUACUUAAUAUCUUUUUGUUCUUAUUGUUUUUGCUAAAUUCCAACUUCCAGUAAAAAUACUUUUAUAUCAUUAAAAAGAGGCCCGUAAGCUCUUACGUCCACCUGA